GAAAAGGACAUAAAAGCAUGUAAAAAAAACAUUGAUGUAACACAACAUAAAAAAUACAGUGAAACUAAAAUAGAUAGAAUGCAUACUGAAUAAUAAUCAAAGAAUUAAGUAUGAUAAGAACAAAUUAAAGCAUAGAAUAUGUAGAAUGUAUAAAAUAAAUAUACAUUUUAUCACACACACUUAUACACGCAUGUGCUCACAUGCUCACGCACACAUACACACAGAUGGGGGAGCAAACAGGAAGGCAGGAAGGAAGUAAAGAUGAAAGUGUUCAGUCUAUUCAAACUCCAUUUUAAAGUCAACAGAGCAGAAGGAGGAAAACAGCAAGUCUGAGGCAGGGUGAGUGUUAAUAUUAGCACUGCAAAUAAUGAUUGCAAUGUAACAUGGCACCAUGGCUGUUGCAGCAAUUAAAAGCUUGGCUUUUAACUUAAUGUUCAUAUUUUGUUUGCCUGUUGCUUAUAGCCUUCUUGUUUUUGUGUGACAAAAGCUAUCAUGAUGUUAUCCAGCUAAAUUGAUGGAUUUGCUCACACACUCCUCAAACAUAUGCCACUUAUGAAAUCAAGAAUAUUGCUUUUCAUGAAAGAUGGCAGAUAGUUGUUACAAUGAUGCUUUUUCUCAUAUUAAUUAUCAUCUAAAUAUUUCUGUGGAGUUCUUCUCGGUAGCAGUGUUAUGUAUGUUAAAUGUGUGUGUAAACAAAGCCAACAAGAUAAAUGGCUAACAACAUAAUCUAGCUUUGAGACACAGGCCUCAGGUCCUGUGAUUCUUCAUAGUUGUAGAAAUGAUUGGAAGAUGAAUGCAGUAUAUUGGAGAAUGCAUAGGGGCACUUUGACUACAGUUGUCCUCUCCACUUCACUCAUUGAUUUGAUAACAUUAGAGAAAAUCAUUUAACAGAAAUUGCAAUUGCAUGCAAGCAUAAAGAGAUCCUCAAGUUUAAAUAAACAAUGAGUGGUUAUUAUUAAAGAUGGCCCUGAAUCAGUCAUCAAAUCGAUUUCUGUACUUUUAGCUUUUUAACAUACAAAUAUGUGAUCUGGGUCCAAACACUUCCUCUGGAUGAAAUAACAAAAUGUAACCAUAAUUUUUCUUGCAAGUAUAGCCAGAUAAAAGUAUCAAACCACCUGUUGAAAGGCACCAGAAUAAAGGAAAUUACAUCUACUCUGUUAAAAAUUAUCUGAGGGAGGAACCCCAGACCCACAUUUUCAAUGCUUCCUACAUCCAUGUGCGCCACACUGAUUCAUUAAAAUAGAGGUCACAAUUAAGAACGACAUAGAUGUUUAUCUGAUAUCUGUUUGAUGGAUUUAAACCAGAAUCAAAGUUUAUCUUUAUCAUGGCUAGAAAACACACACGGUCAUAGUUAAAUUAAUGUAAACUAAUAAGAAGCUACUAAGUUGAGAGGUAGGACUGGUUUAUUAUAUUGUGUGUGUGUCUCCAGUGUUUCUGGUUUACCUCUCAGACUCCUUAGAGGAAGAGAACAGACCAGAAUUUCUAAUUUCCAGCUGUCUGUCUAUGAAGAGUGACCAGUCAAAAGGUGAUCCUCCAGCCUUCAGUAAUGAACUUGGACCCUAAGACACAAAGUAAAAGGCUGUUUUUACUCUAAACUUAUGAAGAUGAUUCAGUGUUGAAAUGUAAUUUAAAAAAAACACCACUGACUGACAACCCACACUCUACUACAAUCAUCUCCAUCAGUUAUUAGUGAGAAUCUGAAGAUCUUCUGCAUCACAUUUAUCCAUCUAAAUAUAAAGUGGCAGCUGAUGUGUUUAGCAAAGUUGUGCAGUUCAUAAAAAUGUCUGUAAAUGAUACAGUCAAACUACAUGCAUGCAUCAGACUUUACAUACAAACAAGAGAUAAAUGUUCAGGAUUUGUGUCAUAAUCAUUCACAGUGUUUACACAUUUAGAAGUUCAAAUCUCUUCUCUCACAUUUGUUUUCAGUUAUAGAUACAAAAAGAACCACAGACCCCAUAUUCAUAGUGUGUACUUUGGUUUUUUUGUUGUUUGGUAUUUAAACACUUGUUUGUGAAAAUGCUGUAAAAGUACGAUAUCACUUGAAAAGAUGAAGGCCUCAAGGUGGGUUCAGCAUUAGCAGUUAGAAACAAAAGGCCCAGUUCUGACACAAACACCUAAACUGUGUUUCUUAUUUGCAGAACAGAAAAUGCUUCAAAAGGUGUUGAAAUCUGAAAACUCUUCAUGCAGUCAUCAAAAUCAUAGACUGAACAUGGCAUGUCUAUAUUCCCUUAGAUCAGGACCUCCACCAAUGAGAACAAAAAAAACACACAUAAGUGCACUUUGAAACAAGACCCUCAUUUUUACGCACUCUCGGUUGACAGCUUUCACACGAGCGUUAAUGAACCAUUCAAAACAUGUAAAGACACCAGAAAUCACUGAACAACAACAAACAGGUGAGUUGUGAAAGCAGAGGUCUAACUCGACUUUGUUGACUGUUGUUUAAGAUUGAACUUUUAUUCUCAACAUUUAAGCCAGAAAAAUGUAAAUUUUAACAUGUACAUUUUCAUGACAACUGAGAAAACUCGAUCUGAUAGAAAGCUCCAGAACCGCUACUGAGUAGACUUGUGGUAAGAUGUUUUCACUGAAGAUCCUCUUGUUAUUACAGUAGAAACACAGAAUGAGUUCCUACUGGCAGACAGAAACACAACUGUUCUUUAAUCAGUGUUCUCUGAUUUUACCAGAGAGCCAAGAUGACGGAGAUGGACCUCCUUAACGUUCUGGAAGAUUUAACAGAUGAUGAAUUUAAGAAGUUCAAGUGGUCCCUGAAGUAUGAAAAGUUAGGCAACAUCUCGCCCAUCAAAGAGAGCCAGCUGUCAGAGACAAAGAGGCAGGACGUGGUGGAUCUGAUGGUGCAUAAAUAUGAAUUUGCUGGAGCUGUGGAGGUGAUCAAGAGCAUUUUAAAGAAGAUCAGCAGGAAUGAUCUGGUGAGGGAAUUGCCAAACAUUGGCUCAGGAGCAGAAGACCUCCAUCAUCGAGACCCCGAUAAUUCUGCAGGUCCCCGGGCUCCAGAGGCUGCAGAACUCGGGCAUGUCCACAGAGAUAGUGGUCUGCAGGAGGUUUUAGAUAUAUAUAAGUUAAGUCUGAGGAGGAGAUGUCAGCAUGUGACUGAAGGAACUGAUGAAGCAGGAAGUGAAACCCUCCUCAACAGGAUCUACACUGAGCUCUACAUCACAGAGGGAAAGAGUAAAGAGGUUAACACCCAACAUGAGGUGAGACAGCUUGAGACAGCUUCCAAGACCCUCCAUGACACUCCAAUCAAGUGCCACAACAUCUUUAAAGCCUUACCUGACCAACAGAAAUACAUCAGAGUUGUUCUGACGAACGGCGUCGCUGGCGUAGGAAAAACCUUCUCAGUUCAAAAGUUCACUCUGGACUGGGCAGAGGGCUCAGAAAACCAAGAUGUCAGUCUGGUGAUUCUGUUUUCGUUCAGGGAGCUGAACUUUAUCAAAGAUGAGAAUUACAGUCUUCUCAUGCUGAUCCAUGAAUUCCAUCCAACAUUACAGAAGGUCACAGCAGAACACCUUUCUGACUGUAAAGUUUUGUUCAUCUUUGAUGGCCUGGAUGAAAGCAGAUUUUCACUGGAUUUCAAGAACAGGAAGGUCGUGUCUGAUGUCACACGGAUGUCAUCAGUCAAUGUGCUGUUGAGAAGCCUCAUCGAGGGGAAUCUGUUUCCACUAGCUCUUGUCUGGAUAACUUCCCGACCUGCAGCAGCCAAUCAGAUCCCUCCUACAUGUGUUGAUAGGGUAACAGAAGUACGAGGCUUCACUGACGACCAGAAGGAGGAGUACUUCAGGAGGAGAUUCGGUGAUGAAGAGCUGUCCAGCAGAAUCAUCUCACACAUCAAGACAUCCAGGAGCCUCCACAUCAUGUGUCACAUCCCAGUCUUCUGCUGGAUCACUGCUACAGGUCUGGAACACAUGUUGACUACAGAUCAGAGAGGAGAGCUGCCCAAGACCCUGACUGACCUGUACACACUCUUCCUGCUAGUUCAGACAAAAAGGAAGAGGCACAAGUAUGAUGAGGGACAUGAGACAAGUCCACAGGUUCAGCCAAAGCGGAAGAAGCACCAGUAUGAUGAGGGACAUGAGACGAGUCCACAGGAGCUGACAGAGGCUGACAGGGAAGUCCUUCUGAAGUUGGGGAGGCUGGCGUUUGAACAACUGGAGAAAGGAAACAUCAUGUUCUACCAAAAAGACCUGGAGCAGUGUGGUCUUGAUAUCACAGAGGCCUGGGUGUACUCAGGAUUUUGUACACAGAUCUUCAAAAGAGAGUGUGUGAUCUUCCAGAAAACAGUCUACUGCUUUGUUCAUCUGAGCAUUCAGGAGUUUCUGGCUGCAGUCUACAUGUACCACUGUUACACCAGCAGCAACACAGAGGUACUGGAAGACUUCCUGGGGAAAAAACACAGUUACUCAUCUCUGGAUGACUUCCUUAUGGGAGCCAUGGAGAAAUCUCUCAAAAGUAAAAAUGGUCACCUGGACCUGUUUGUUCGCUUCCUCCAUGGCCUCUCUCUAGAGUCCAACCAGAGUCUCUUAGGAGGCCUGCUGGGUCAGACAGAAAAAAGUCCAGAAAUCAUCCAGAGAGUCAUCAACAACCUGAAGGAGAUGAACACUCGUGAUAUCUCUCCUGACAGAAUCAUUAACAUCUUCCACUGUCUGAUGGAGAUGAACGACUGCUCAGUACAUCAGGAGAUUCAAGAGUUCCUGGAGUCAGCGAACAGAUCAGAGAGGGAACUCUCUGAGAUCCACUGCUCAGCUCUGGCCUACAUGCUGCAGAUGUCAGAGGAGGUUCUGGAUGAGUUGGACCUGGAGAGGUACAACACAUCACUGGAGGGACGUCGGAGACUGAUCCCAGCUGUGAGGAACUGCAGAAAGGCUCAACUUUCUCACUGUGGACUCUCAGCGACUCACUGUGAAGUUGUGGCCUCAGCUCUGAAGUCCAAGCCUUCCCUUCUGAGAGAUCUGGACCUGAGCUACAAUGGAUACCUAGAUGAUUCAGCAGUGAAGCUGGUGUGUGCUGGACUGGAGAGUAGAAACUGUAUACUGGAGACUCUGAGAUUGUGUUGCUGCAGAAUUUCAGAGAUCAGCUGUGCUUCUCUGGCCUCAGCUCUGAAGUCCAACCCCUCCCAUCUAAGAGAGCUGGAUCUGAGUGACAACUUCCUGUAUGAUCCAGGAGUGACGCUGCUGUGUGAUUUUCUGGAGAGUCCAAAUUGUAGACUGGAGACUCUGGGAUUGUGUUACUGCAGAUUGACAGAGAGCAGCUGUGCUUCUCUGGUCUCAGCUCUUAAGUCCAACCCCUCCCAUCUGAGAGAGCUGGAUUUGAGUAAAAACGACCUUCAGGAUUCAGGAGUGAAGCUGCUGUGUGAUUUCCUGGAGAAUCCGCUCUGUAGACUGGAGACUCUGAGAUUGAGUGACUGCAGUUCGUCAGAGAUCAGUUGUGCUUCUCUGGUCUCAGCUCUGAAGUCCAACCCCUCCCAUCUGAGAGAGCUGCGUCUGAGUCACAACAAGCUGCAGGAUUCAGACGUGAAGCAGCUGUGUGAUUUUCUGGAGAGUCAACACUGUAGAUUGGAGUAUCUGAAAUUGUGGGACUGCAGUUUGUCGGAAAUAAGCUGUGCUUCUGUGGUCUCCGCUCUGAAGUCCAACCCCUCCCAUCUGAGACUGCUGGAUCUAAGUAACAACAAGCUGCAAGAUUCAGACGUGAAGCAACUGUGUGAUUUUCUGGAGAGUCCACACUGUAGACUGGAGAGUCUGAAAUUGAGUGAAUGCAGUUUGUCAGAGAUCAGCUGCGCUUCUCUGGCCUCAGCUCUGAAGUCCAACCCCUCCCGUAUGAGAGAGCUGAACUUGAGUAACAACAACCUGCAGGGUUCAGGAUUGAAGCUGCUGUGUGAUUUUCUGGAGAGUCCACACUGUAGACUGGAGGCUUUGAGCUCUGAAGUCCAACCCCUCACAUCUGCGAGAGCUGUGGCUGAGUGACAACAAACUGCAGCAUUCAGACAUGAAGCUGCUGUGUGAUUUUCUGGAGAGUCCACACUGUAGACUGGAGAU